GUAUAUCAGCACCCCCUUCCACUUUUUUGCUAGAGGUCUGCGAGCAACCUUGGGAUUGGGAUUGGGAUUGCAGCUGGAAUUGAAGCAAAGGCGAUGGAGGGCCACCGCAAGAUCGAGCUCCAAGCGCCCGAGGACCUCGCGUACCUGCUGGCCAACGUGCGACGCGCCGCGGCCGCGCGCCUGGACGAGGCUUUCCCGCCCGUGGACGGCGCGAACGCCGGCGGAGAGGGCGACGAGCUGCGGACGAGGAUCGAGGAGCUCGUUAACGAGUACAUAACCAAAACCUUCGAGCUCGCCUCCCCGAACCUGAGCAUCAAUGGCAUGCCCGUCAACGCAUCGCACUUCCUCUCGGGCUCGGGUGACGGCUCCGCCGCCGCUCUCCGGCCGGAGGAAGUCUUCGAGCCCUUCGACGCCCGCAAGCGCGCGCGCGUCGAGGAGCUCAGCCGCGAGGAGGAGGACCUGCUCCGCGACAUCGCCGCGCUGAAGAAAUCCGUCCCCGGCGCCGCGGCACAGGCCUGGGCCGACGCCGCGCGGAAGUCCGUCGCCGACGACGAGCACGCCUUGGCCGCAGCUAACGAGCGCGCCUCUGCCUCUGCCCCUCCCACUGCUUCCGCGGACGGUGGUGAUGAUGGUGGUAUUAGUGGUAGUGGUAGUAGUAUUAGUAGUGGUAGUAAGCUGUUCGAGGAGGUGCGGAAGCCCCUCGAACGCCAGGACGAGGUCGAGGGCAGCUACGAGGACGCGGUGGCGGGGCUGGCCAAGCUGAAGCGCGAGAUGCCGUCCGUCGUGGCUAGGAUGGAGAGGGCGAGGAGCGCGGGGGAGUACGUUGUCACGGAGCGGUGAGCGGUGAGUGGCUGUGGGGGCCUUUUUUCGUCUGUGCGGCGCCAGUGUAAAGAAAAAAAAGGGGGA